GACCCGAAGAGUCCCCCGAAACAGCAAGCACACAAAAGCCUCUUGCUCGCCGGGGAGAUCUCACUCCCACCCGCGGCCGCGGCGCUCACCACGCCCGCGGCGGCCAUGGAUUCGUCCGGCAAGACGCUGAUGGAUCUCAUCACCUCGGAUCCGUCGGCCGUCCCGGCCGCCGGGGCGUCGUCGCAGCAGUCGUCGUCGGGCGUCCCGCUGGGGAGGCCCGCGCCGGCGCCGGCGGAUCGCAAGACGAAGAAGGGGACCCUGAGCCAGAUCCAGAACGAGACCAUGGCGGCCGCCAAGGCGCUCAACAAGGCCCUCCCGCAGCGCAACAGGAAGAAAAAGCCCGUAUCGUACGCGCAGCUGGCGCGGAGCAUCCACGAGCUCGCAGCCACGUGCGACCAGAAAAGUUCUCAGAGGCAGCUUGUGAAUAGUGUAUUCCCCAAGCUCGCGGUGUACAAUUCUGUGGAUCCUUCAGUGGCUCCAUCUCUUCUCAUGCUCCACCAGCAAUGUGAGGACAGAAAUGUUCUGCGCUAUGUAUACUAUUAUCUGGCUCGCAUACUGUCAGAUAAUGGUUCCCAAGGUUUAAGUGCUGCUGGUGGCAUACCUACCCCAAAUUGGGAUGCUCUUGCAGACAUUGAUGCUGCUGGAGGAGUGACUCGAGCAGAUGUUGUACCAAGAAUUCUUGAUCAGCUUUCAGCAGAAUCAACCAGCGACGAUGUUGAGUUUCAUGCUAGGAGACUUGCUGCUCUGAAGGCACUUACCUCCUCCUCCACAAGCAAUUCUGAGAUGUUGGAAAAACUCUACGAAAUUGUGUUCGGCAUUUUGGAAAAGGUGGCUGAUACUAAACAGAAACGAAAGAAAGGUAUUUUUACUAAGCAAGGAGGUGAUAAAGAGUCUAUUAUUCGGAGUAACUUGCAGUAUGCUUCUCUAAGUGCCCUGAGAAGGCUCCCACUUGAUCCUGGUAAUCCGGCCUUUCUGCACCGAGCUGUCCAAGGGGUUGAAUUUUCUGACCCAGUUGCAGUCAGACAUGCGUUGUCAAUAGUCUCUGAAAUUGCCGUGAGAGAUCCAUACUCUGUGGCGAUGGCGUUGGGCAAGAACGCACAGCCUGGUGGAGCUCUUCAGGAUAUCCUUCAUUUGCAUGAUGUUCUUGCCAGAGUUUACCUUGCAAAGUUAUGCCAUUCAAUUUCUAGGGCACGUGUAUUGGAUGAGAGGCCUGACAUAAAGUCGCAGUACAGUUCUCUCCUUUACCAACUUCUUCUGGACCCAAGUGACAGGGUCUGUUUUGAGGCCAUGCUCUGUGUGUUGGGAAAAGUUGACAACACAGAAAGCACGGAGGACAGAGCUGGUGGAUGGAUUCGGUUAACUAGAGAGAUUCUCAAACUACCUGAGGCCCCUUCUGUAGCAUCAAAGGGUAUUCUGUCAAAACCUGAAAAAUCUUCUAAAGCAAGGCGUCCUCAACCCCUCAUUAAACUUGUAAUGAGAAGAUUGGAGAGCUCUUUUCGUAGCUUCUCACGUCCUGUUCUUCAUGCCGCUGCAAGAGUAGUCCAGGAAAUGGGGAAGAGUAGAGCAGCUGCUUAUUCUUUAGGUGUUUAUGACGAGGCUGCCAACCUUCAAUCUUAUUCUGAUAAUGCCGAAUCUCUUGAUUCUGAUCUUAAUGAGAACUCACAACCUGAAGCUACUCGAAAGGCUAACCCACUAUCCAAUGGACAUGGUGGAAUGGACACAGUAGCAGGGUUAUUAGCAUCACUUAUGGAAGUAGUGCGGACAACUGUAGCAUGCGAGUGUGUAUAUGUUCGAGCAAUUAUCAUCAAAGCUUUGAUAUGGAUGCAAAACCCACAUGAAUCUUUUGAAGAACUGAAAUCUAUUAUUGCAUGUGAGCUGUCUGAUCCAGCCUGGCCUUCUUCUCUCCUGAAUGAUGUCCUAUUAACUCUACAUGCUAGGUUCAAGGCAACCCCUGAUAUGGCCGUCACUCUGCUUGAGAUUGCUAGAAUUUUUGCCACCAAAGUUCCUGGCAAGAUCGAUGCUGAUGUACUACAACUGCUGUGGAAGACAUGCCUUGUUGGAGCAGGACCAGAUGGAAAACAUACAGCUUUGGAGGCUGUAACAAUAGUCCUUGAUCUACCACCACCUCAACCUGGUUCAAUGUCUGGAUUCGCAUCUGUUGAUAUGGUAUCCGCCUCUGACCCAAAAUCAGCUAUGGCACUGCAAAGAUUAGUUCAAGCUGCGGUUUGGUUUCUAGGCGAAAAUGCAAACUAUGCUGCUUCUGAAUAUGCCUGGGAGUCUGCUACACCUCCUGGUACUGCACUAAUGAUGCUUGAUGCUGAUAAAAUGGUUGCUGCAGCUAGCUCUCGUAAUCCUACUCUUGCUAGUGCUUUGACACGUCUGCAAAGGUGUGCAUUUAGCGGUAGCUGGGAGAUCCGUAUUGCUUCUGUCCAAGCCUUAACCACCAUUGCAAUAAGGUCCGGUGAACCUUACAGACUGCAGAUAUAUGAGUUUCUUCAUGCUUUAGCUCUGGGGGGUGUACAAUCAAACUUUUCAGAAUUGCAGCUAAGUAAUGGGGAAAAUCAAGGUGCUAGUGGUACUGGUCUUGGAUCUUUGAUAAGUCCAAUGCUCAAGGUCCUGGAUGAAAUGUAUAGAGCUCAAGACGAUCUUGCUAGGGACAUCCGUCAGCAUGAUAAUAGUAAACAAGAAUGGAGUGAUGAUGAACUUAAGAAACUUUAUGAGACCCACGAGAGGCUUCUUGAUUUUGUUUCUUUGUUCUGUUUUGUUCCAAGGGCCAAAUAUUUGCCUUUAGGUCCUACCAGUGCCAAACUCAUUGAGAUCUACCGCAACCGGCAUAAUAUUAGUGCUUCUGGUGGUCUAACUGAUCCUGCUGUUGCCACUGGCAUAUCUGACCUCAUGUAUGAGUCCAAAGAUGUGCCCAAAGAGGCCACUCUUAUACAGACUGGAAUUGAUCCUGAUCUGGCUAUGGCCUGGGCAGCAGGUUUGGAAGAUGAUGUUUGGGAAAAUAAUGCACCAGCUGUGGACAAGGUAAAGGAUUUCCUUGCUGGUGCUGGAACUGAUGCUCCUGAUGUGGAUGAUGAGGAAUACAUGAACUCUAGGCCAUCGGUUGGUUACGAUGAUAUGUGGGCCAAGACAAUUCUCGAAACAUAUGAAGCAGAGGAUGAUGAUGGAAGGUCCUCUGGGGGAUCCUCUCCUGAGUCAACUGGUUCGGUAGAAACUUCCAUAUCGUCCCAUUUUGGUGGCAUGAACUAUCCAUCGUUGUUUAGUUCAAAACCAUCAGGAUAUGGAUCUUCACAACAAACGAUACGUGAAGAACCGCCAUCAUAUUCAACAUCGGUUCUACAGAAGCGCGAGUCAUUCGAAAACCCUGUUGCUGGGCGUGGAGGUCGAAGUUUUGGAUCCCAUGAGGAUGAAGACAGGAGUUCUGGGAACCCUCAAUUUGGGAAGGCCCUGUAUGACUUCACAGCAGGUGGCGAUGAUGAGUUGAGUUUAACAGCUGGAGAAGAUGUGGAAAUCGAAUAUGAGGUCGAUGGUUGGUACUAUGUAAAGAAGAAGAGACCUGGAAGGGAUGGAAAGAUAGCAGGUCUGGUCCCUGUUCUGUAUGUGAACUCGUGAUAGCUGUGAGUACUGUGACAUAAUACUACUCUUGAAAGCUGGUUGGGAGUAAACGGGCAUACAAAUGGCAUGCGGGGAGGUUCCUUAUGUGGUCUUUAGCCUUUUUUGAGCUCCUAGCAUUUCACAGGCACGUCCUUUUUGAAGGGCAACAAUUUCAACCAUCCUGAUGUUUGUAAGAUGCAGCAAGUUUGCUACUGGGUGUGUUUUCUUUGCCUCAUAAACACCACGAGUCUAUUCAAUUCAUUGUUUAUGUGUAGAUGUACACGUGCUUCAAGGUUUAUCCAUUUUUGCGUGCUAUUGUGCUCCGUCUGUUAUGAUUAUGACUGAAAGAUGCAGUUUACUCUAGUUCUUCAUCUAGGCAUUAUUUAGUCAAAUUGUUGAACUUUCGAAGAGGUUGUAAACUUCAGGCUGUAUCCCCCCGCCAUUAUUUCGGUCUUUGUUUAUGGUGAUUCAAUAGAAGUAAUAGGUCUCUUAAUUUCUGUAAAUUUUAUCAUGUGUGGAGUAUACUACAUGAAUACAUAUGAUAAUGAAAUGAUAAGCGUCGAUUAAUUUUCUUGCUCGCAAUAAUCCUCUUCUUUAGUAUGCUCUGUUCUGGC